AUGCCAACAGUCCCGUCUCCUGCUUCCCGACAAGCCUACGUUGUCGUGUUGGCCGUGAUGGUUUCCCUUCUUUUUAUCAGUGCUGCCGACGCGGAGGAAAUCGUCAUUGGUGUUCUGGACGGCUCCCACAAACUGACGGCGGAGGACAUAAAGAAUGGAUUUAAAGCGAACGAUAAAAAUUUUAUUAAUUCCUGUGGUAAAUUCGACGUAAAUGGUGACAAAUUCGUCUUGAUAAUUGAGAUGGGAAACUUCACAGACUAUCUUAUCCCCCAAAAGGGCGUUCAUCUCUGUGACCUUCUCACCAGCCCGACGAGGGAACAAAAGUAUCUCUACGCCCCGCAGGACCCUCGAGACGCCACGUGGGAUGGACACACUUUCCCCGUCACACCGUCCAUCUACGAGGAUGCGUUGGGCGGAUCCGCAGAAGGCUAUGUCAACGUUGAGCGAAGUACACUAUCGUUCUGGGGUGACAACGGGAGCAACGAUAACCACACGGGAGGCUGUUGCGCGCUGAUGCCCGGUCAGAAUGCCGCUUGGUACCGGCCGUACCGCCUGUUAUUCUCUCCGAAGGAACCUGCAAUGUAUCUUGCCUGGGGUACAAAGCCAAAGGCUGCUGUCCCCAACGUUCCAGUGGUAUUUGAAGUCAACUUGUGGAACAUGCGAAGUGAGCCAGUUCUUGAAAAUGUCACAUUUAAUAUUACGACAAACGGAAAGAAAGUCACUGUGACAAGUCCAACGGGAAGGUACACGCAUUUUGCCAACGCCUCAGAUCCUAGCGCUGCGAAAUAUACCAUCAUAGUAGACCUUGUAUCCGGACCCGAUACGGUGAACACAAGGCAACUGAAGGCUGUGGUGGAUGUUUUUGGGAAACUCCCGUGGGAUGUGGCACCGACUGCCGGCGAAAACAUCCCGGCGCUUGUGCGAUUUGGCAAGGCGGGCACGGCAAUCGGUCCUGUGGAUGGGAUUGCGGCACUUAACGAAGAUUGGUUUGCAUCCUCCAUCGUGGGCGGUGAGUCUCGAAUCCGCCCUGUUGCCGGUCACUUCAACACGGUGGAGCCCUACACGCUGCCUCCAGUGAGGGACAAGUGGGAAAACGUGACCCAGGCGGAUGGUGUGUUUCGGGUGCAGGUGCCGUGCAAAAGUGUGCAGUACUAUGCUGUCGCUGUUUACAGUGCCGCGGAUCAGCGUAUCGUGCUGCAAUAUGAGUUUGACACCGCCGCUGUGAUGUACUUUGCUGGUAAACGCUUUGUUCCCCGGGAACAGGGCGGCUCACGGAGGGGUUCGUUUGCCGUUGGUGUAAUGCAAGGCUACCAUCAGGUCCUUGUCAAGUUGUUCUCUGACAAUUCGACAGCAACAGAAGAUCCUCGAAAGUGCACCGCCGUCUCGAGCUUUUCAAUGCGUGUGGUGGGCACUGCGGUUGGCUACACUCACGCCGUCAUGCCAGACAUUCCGGAGGGUGCCUACGAAAUAUGGAACAACAACUAUAUGUUCUACCUUCUUCAUUUGGGAGAGCAAAGGGAAGAGUAUCUGUACGGCGCACUCGACGAGGACUUCAUCAACGUGAGUACGGCCAUCCCGAAGCCAGGAGAACACAUGAGCGGCAAAUUUUGGAAGGUAUUUGUCUUUUAUGGUGGCCGGAUUCCCGUUUCUGCAGAGAGUCUUCCAAAGGACAAGGAGGCUGCUGUGUCAUACGUCGCCAUCGCCCUUUACAGCGGCUACGAGGAAAAGGUUCCUGUUGGCUGGACCUUCAUCACUGGCGGCAAAACCGAUUUUUAUAUUGAUGGCAAACCGGUGUACAGUCGCCCAAGCGACACUGGCCCUUUAAAAGAGAAUUUCACCACGCCGGUUUCGCGCGGGUGGCAUCAGCUGAUUGUGCGCAUUGCCGCCACGAAAGGACAGUCAUGGGGUUUAACUUUUUACAUUCACUUUGAUAACUAUCGUCUUGGCAGUGCCCAUACCACUGGUAGCAAUCUCCCUUUUGGCGUGGCUCCCAUUCGACCCAACAGACCACUUUUGUCACUCAUGGAAUUAGUCGAUAUCAAGUCUCGGGUUGGAGCGAUUCCCUUUAAUCCAUUGAACAAUACGGCGGUGGCGGAUGAGUUUGCUGACCUUCCGAUUGAUGCAAGCUACAUGCCUGGUUUGCUUUCAAAUCAAAGCAUCUGGACAUUGGGGCGAGAGCGUCAGUACCAAUGGGUGGGAAGAGUGAGCACAGAUGGCAUCUGGGGUCACCGCCCUUUUGGUGGAAACUCCAAUCAGUAUUGGUCUGUUGUGUUGUAUGCCACGGAGUCGAUGGAGGCGACGGCGCGUGUCAUUUUUCAUGGGGGCUAUGCAAUGUGGCUGGAUGGCCAGUUGGUUGGCUCGUCACCCCUUUCUUCGGAGAAGGAGGUGCGCGAGACCUUGCCACUGAACAAGGGGUGGAACCAACUGGUAAUUAAGCUCAGAGCGAACAACUCGUUUCACCUGAUCGACACAAGGAACAGCAGGAUGAGUUGGACUGCGGCAAACGCGUUGUGUGCUGAGACGAGGCGUAUGGAGUUGUGCCCACUAUCAGCUGUGUGCCCUUUUGGUGUGGGACGCCCGGGCGUGUUCCCCGUGCCUGAGGGCUCUUCCUUUGUCCCUGUGAAGAAUGAUGAAAAUGAAUGGGUUCAGGUGUUUGCAGGCGGCGGCAACGGCACAUCGAUGUGCGAGACGUGGCGAGACGCUCAUGAUGGUCGCGCUCCAAUCUGGGGCGAGACCGGUGACAACAUAACCGAACGUCAUCUUGUGCCGUGCUGCGGCGAUAAUUCAGCACCGUUCAUAUGGCUGAGCAUCACUCCUUCCUCCACUGCGGAGGGCGAGUUGGGCUACACAUAUGAGAUCCCCGUUGUUGUUGAGGCGCCCGUUUUGACGGUUGACGACCCUGCAGCCGUCACACAAACGGUGACAAUAACCUGUGCUACGCCUGGGGCCACCAUCAAGUACGCCGUUAACAAUGCAGAAGAGAUGGCACUGUACACACGCCCCUUUACCAUCUCGGAGUCCUCGACAAUUUUUGCUCAGGCGUUUGCUCAAAGUCGUGAGAGCCGGAGGUUGGAGGUGUUUGUUGAAAUCAAGAGUCCAAUUGUCGAUCGUGUUGCGUGUGUUGAGAAUGAAAGGUGUCCUCUAUUUGUCUCGGGUGUGGAUCCGCGGUGGCGCAUGGCGAUAAUAAACACAAAAAGCUCCGGGAAAGGUGUGAAGGAGUACUUUAAUUUGACUUAUGCUCUUGAACAGCCACCGUCGUUGGACUUUUCCGGGGUGCUCGACAUAGAAGAGCACCGCGUUGUUGUUCCCCCUCUCCGUGCCGGGACAUUCAACGUCAUUGUCUACAACACCGAUGCAAGGGGCAGGAUGGCGGUGAACACUUUGGCCUACAAGGAGACAAGACUUACCCCCGGUGAGGUGGUGGGCACACAGAAAACUUUGUUCAAAAUUGAGGGCGGCGUGAACAAGGGUGAUGUCCUGCUGCUUCCGUUUACUGCAAGCAGAUCAUCAGCCACGUGCGAUGCAGAUGCGUGCACCGCGGCGCUCAAGAGUCAACUGGACCGUGUUGCCGUGUUGUCAUCCAGUGUCAGUGCGUACUUCAAACAAGACCUUUACGGAUAUUCGGGCAAACUCAGUUGUCUCUGUAUUUGCCUCUCGUGCUAUAAAGGGGUGUCCAAGCAAGAUUCGGUGCUAAUUGAAUCUUCCAAGGUGGUGAACCAGGUUGUCAACGUGAGUGUGUCGAGCCCCGUACCACACGCAAAGGCCACCGUGGGAGCUAUACGGCCUUUUAGCGUGCGCAAUGGUGAUGACCUUGAGAUGUUUGGGACGUUUAUAACCGACUCAAGCUAUAUUGUCCGAUUUAAUCCUGCUGUUUCGGGAGGCGACACAAUGGCGGCCCCGACGUGUGCUGUCCAAAAAGUCACUACCGGUGUAUUGACCUGCGAAAUGCAGGUUCAAGCCGGGACCGUGGGCGGCUGGAACGUCUCUCUCUUGGACGGGGAGGCACCAGUACCUUUUGAGGAAGGUGCCGUCAACACGAUUCAUGUCCUUCCACCGGAUCCUUUGGUUGAGUUCGCGGCGGGGAACUGCGCUGCCGCAAGCGUAAACUGCGUUACAGGUGCGGAAGUGAUUUUUCGCGGUAAGAACUUUAACCCUGUGUAUCCCUUGUAUAACGAUGUGGUUGUGGGUGAUGCCGCGUCCGCCAACCCUAUUCUCUGCAGGGUGACUAAUGCCACGGAGAAGGAGCUUUUCUGUGUUCUCAGCAUUCCGCGGGGCAAGGAACAUGGCAAGCACUCAAUCCAGGUCCGUGUCCGUGUGUCGGAAACGGAGUGGGGCGCAGAGCAAAGUGCAGGAUUUCUUGUGUUGGGGGCUGGGGCGGAUGUUCCUGGGUGGAAAGCCGACAACGUGCCUCCAUCUGUGCCAGUGGCUGGUGGAAAUAGUAAGUAUGUUGUCAUCAUCAUCGUUGCCGUUCUUGGCGCCGUUCUUCUUGCACUGAUUGUGGCCGUUGUUGUCAUGUACUUCCGGUUCCGCGCGGCGGCAGUGAAGGCCGACGAAGAAAUAAUUUCCUUGGAGUUGCAACUUCUCAAUGCAGGCCAUGAAAGGGCAGAAUUACCGACGAACAAGCAGGUGAAAGGGCUUUGA